AUGGAGCUGCGCAAUGAUGCCGCCGCUACGGAUCGGCGGGAUGCACUGCAUCGCACCCUCUACCUGCGUCGCGAGUACACCCUCAUCGCAACGUGUGGGCAAUUCGAUGAUGUUCUGUUGGUUCCGCCCCAAAACGACUCCGGUAAGCCAGACGACUGCUGGAGAGGGUUGGUGGCUGUACGGGGUUCCUCGUCGCCGUGGUACCGCGGCGUCUUUACCUUUCUUGUGUGCCUUCCGCCGCGGUACCCGUUUGAGGCACCAUCAGUGCGCAUGGAGACCCCCCUAAGGAGUCACCCUUUCCUGCUGGAUGACAGCGAGGGGAGUAAAUGCGUCGUUCCAUUUGACGACAUUUAUCUGGCGCUUGAUCCGAUGCGUGUGUCAGUGAUGGCACAACUACUGCACCACAUGAAGUCCCUAUUUUACCCGUCGGAAUGGAUCACAACGGCGCCUGUCAACAAGGCUAUUGCCAGAUACGAUGCGGAGAGGCGCAGCGUGACGCAAGAGGUGGUACUGGGGAAGCCGUACGUGGACUACCUCUCCCGCGAGGCGGUGUCCUUCUUUUCCAAUCCUGACUACUUCGAAAACGGCGACAUCCGCAUGGACGCAUCGCGGCGUGAAGAGAUGUGGGAAAAGGCGUUCUCUCUCUGGCUGGGUCGCACAUGGCUCCCCGCCGUCCGCUCGUUGCAGUGA